ACUGAAAAAAAAGAGACGAAGAAGAAAAACCCUCUAUCCGUUAUUACGAUGGCUUCACUUGACAGCGGAAUGAAACCUCUUCAAAACGCCAUGAAAAUGGCCAAAGUUGCGAUACAGCUGGACGGAGAGAACAAACCUAAGGAAGCGUACUAUGAAUACCUACGGACCAUCAACUAUAUAUCGCAUACACUUUUAGAGGAAGCAGACCCUCAAAAGGAGACGGAGAUGGUGRCGGUCGAAGUGGAGCGAAUGUUGAGAUUAGCUGAGCAGUGUCUGGAGCGAGCCAAGUCUUUCAUGGAAAAGCGCUCCGACCCUCCUGACCUUCCUACCUCGACUUCAACUGGCCAGUUAGAGCCUCUUCAGACUACUGGCCACCCCACUGCCACCACCGCAAACACCAACGUUGCGGCCCCUGCUGCUGAUAGUCAUAUUGAUGAACGGCACAUAGUAGACAGCCCCACAAAAACCGGUUCCCGCCGGGUUUUGUCAGACGGUGGWGGAGAGCUGUCCCCUUUUCUGCCCCCCGAAGUCUUUCAUCGAUAUCAAACAGUGGCUUCGCAGGACGCAUGCAAAAAAGAGCUGACGCCGUUAGAAGAAGCUUCUCGUUUGAACCAGAAGUUGAAAGCAAACUAUGAAGCCCGUCUGGCAAGACUCGCACCUGGUCAGGCGUACCAGAAGACUUCUUUAACGCUCUCUCUCCAGCGGCAGAUGAUGGAAAAUCUCAUCAUAGCCAAAGCCAGGCAAGAUGCUCUUCAACGGAAGAUGGAGGCGAGAAGAUUGAGGCUACAGGAGGAAGCCAACAGGAGGUUUGCUGCAUCUGGAGCAAUGACAGCGGAAGAGGAGGAGCAGCGUUCUCUUUAUGCUAAUGUGCUGGAAUAUGAGCAGGAUCAUGAUUGGCCCAAACUGUGGAAAGCCAACAUAAAGAAGAACCCUGAUAUCACAUUAGUGUCAGAUUUGGUCUCUUAUCUGCUCAGCCGGUCUGAUCAUCCUGUAGUGAAGCUGCUGAGGAAACGUCAGUACAGGAUUUACAACAAGCUUUACCCCAUCGUUAGUAAAAGUCUUCCUCAGAGUCCUGCCUUGUCCCUCAGAUCUUCACACAGCGUUCACAGCUUGAUUCAUCCAGCUUCAGAGAGUCACAGGAAGUCCUUCAGGAUGGCCAGCUGUAGUCUGGGUGGUCAGAGCUUCAGCACCGACUCCUCGCUGUCCCCCCUAAACUCUCACAACAACACCAACUUGGAAGACGAGGACGUGGACCCAGAGGAGCCUCCCACACAGGAUACCAUAGACCGGGAGAACUCGUUUGAAGAUCUGGAGCAGUUCCUGUCCCAGCUGGACUGGACUCCACCUCGCUGCAGCACAAACGACAGCACCUUGGACUCUGAGCUGACCUGCGAUCCUUCGAUGGAGCUGGACGAGAGCCACAUGGAGGAGCUGGAGAUGAGGGCGCUCAAGGAACACCUGAAGUCUAUCGUGAAGGACAUUCAUAUAGCAAUCGAUCAGCUUCUUUCACUUUGUUUGCUGUCCUUUGAGUGUCUAAACACGGCCAGGUUUAAGGAUUUGUGUCUCGCCAGCAUCGAGGAAACCUUCUUCACUCCUUUGUGGGGUGCUCUGAUGGCUCUUUUCAGGAGGGUCCACAGGGACAGGGAGCAAGCGUUUGAGAAAAGUCUGAGGUUGUUUUGUGACGCCUCUCCAGGAGAUGUCGGUGUUCCCCAGAAACUGUUCCCUCAGGACUUGGGUACUCUCCAAGUUUCCUACCCCUACGAGACUGCUGUUCAGGAACUGAAGCUUCUCUUUAGAGACUGCUGUCCGCAGAGGAAGCUGGAAUGUAUAGUUCGAACGUUACGUCUGAUCUGUGCUUGUGCUGAGGAGUACAGGUGUCUCCAGGAGGUGGAUUCUGCUCCUAAAACUGCAGCCGUCGGCGCAGACGACCUGCUGCCCAUCCUGUCCUUCGUGGCCCUGCGUUGUCAGUGUCCCCAGCUGGUGUCAGAAUGUGCAGCUUUGGAGGAGUUCAUUCAUGAGGGCUAUUUGAUAGGGGAGGAAGGCUACUGUCUCACCUCCUUGCAGAGUGCCUUGGCCUUCGUUGAGUCGCUGCACGCGAGAGCUCACCUUCCUGUGAAUGUGCAUGUUUGAAGAAGAAUGCUGCUCAUCCUCCAGAGAACUUCCUUCUCUUCCUCGCUGCGGCUCGACAGUGAUGACCCUGCAACUCCCUGCAAGUUGACGCAUGUUCUGCACAAACACACACUUUAUACCCAAACUGAAAGACCUUUUAUUUGCUCGGUUUCUGAAACUGAACCAGUGCCUUUAAGCCACCCACUAACCAAGUCAAACACUAAGCUUAAUCAAACUUCAACCUGAGUCAUCGCUCUGAAAUUAGCACUGAAAUGAAGUUCGAGUUGUGACGAGAUGACGAGCUGCAGGUCGAUUUCUGUAAUCAAAGAUGCGUCAUUUAUUUGCUCUUUAAGGUGUGAUUGUCCUAUCUUUACUGCUUCCUUUCAUUAUUUUAAUUUGUGGUACUUUUUAAUGUUUGAACUUUCUCUGCAGCUUGAAGCAACAAUCAUGUUCUACAAACCAGUUAUGGUCAUAAAACGAGACCUUUUAGGUGAAUACUUGGUGAAGAUCCAAAUAAGUGAGGCAAUAAUAUAAUAAAUAAAAAAAAAAGUUAUUUAUGUGAAUCAGAACUGCAGUAAUUCCAGGUUGAAACUAAAACAAUGCACUACUAAUUGUGUUCAUGUUAAAGCUGACACUGAUUCAUGUUUGAGUUUGGUUAACAUUUUGUUUUGAAAACAUGGUAAAGGGCAACACUGAUUUAAAACAUGUGUGUUUGUGUAUAAAAAGCAAAAAGUGUCAAAGCUGUUAAAUUGUGCACUGUGGUCUCGAUGAAGGGUUAUGAUGAGGUGAAAAUUUGGGAGCAGAUUGAUGUGAGGAGCUGGAGGACCUCAGGGAUGAUUUCUAAGUGCUCCUAAGUCUUCGUAGCGUCUGAUAGUCAUGUUUAGGAGCUGCUGUAGCACCUUUGUGUCUCACUUUGUGUUGUCUUGUUCGCCCGCUAAAUGGACUGCAGGUGCAAGAAACUCGCUUCUAUUUUUGAUAAUUGUUCUGCGUAUGCAACAGUUGAUGGAUUUUUUUUUGUUUUAUGAUCCACAUGCAUACAGAUUUUAAUAUAUAUAUUUUUGCCUUGAAUGUGUGUUUUUUGUUGUUUUUUUUCAUCCCAGUUCAUUCCUCUCCACUGACAUUCAUUUACCUGAGCUACAAGUUUGCCAUGAAUAUAAAUCAUUAAUCCACAGGCAGUUUACAUGGCGCCUUUUUUUAAACAACCAAAAAAAAAAACAUAAGAUGUAUGAAAUAGAUCAUGUAGUUUAACAUUUUUUGCUCUUCUGUGGAAAUUUUUUUAAUGACAAAGUAUAUCUAAAUUUYUUGUGAUUUUGCUUUUUUUAAAUGCCCUUUUCUGAACUCAACUGAUUUGCUUUUAAUCCAUUUAUUAGACAGAAAAUAUUCAAACAAAUCGUGUGGUGGAAUAAAAUGCAGGUAGCAGAUGAACAGUUUUUAAUCGGGUUUUAUUCACAUCAAACUUAAAUAAACUCACCCCCACUUACACUUAAAUUGUUUCAUGAUUUAUAUUUUUUUAAUCUUUGGUUUAAUGAAGUUACUGUGAUUACUUUUUAUAUGGGUCCAAAAUAUGUAAAGAAAAAAAAAUUGGGAUUAUUUUGUAAAAUAAACAACUGAACAUAUAACUGUUAACAUUAAAUAUGGCAGUAUACUGUGAAAAAUUACAAAGUGGUUUAAGCCACUACGUGCAUAAGAAUGAUUUAUUGUACUUUUUAUGAUUUUUUUCUUUGUAAAAAUUAAACGUGUCAUUUUAUUAAACUGUACAGUGAAUGUUGGAGCUUUGUAAAUGUUUGCAAAGAGAGUCAAUAAAAAGAUGAAAAUGUUUA